AUGGCGCAAAAAGACGCAGACAACUUGCGCAACUGUGAUUACGAGAUCAAGGAGCAAGACCGGUUCUUGCCCAUAGCCAAUGUUUCGCGGGUCAUGAAGCAGGCUCUUCCACCGCAUGCCAAGCUCUCCAAAGAAGCCAAGGUGUGCACACAGGAGUGUGUCUCUGAAUUCAUAUCCUUCAUCACAUCGCAGGCAGUGGACCGGUGUGCGCUCGAGAAGCGCAAAACGUUGAAUGGCGAGGACAUUUUGGUAGCCAUGUUCACGCUUGGGUUUGAGCAUUACGCCGAGAUAUUGAAGAUCUACUUGGCAAAGUACCGUCAGUACGAGAUGAGCGAAUCAGAACGGCGCACGUCUAUGCGCAAACGGCAGCAGGGCUCGGAGCUGGACUUCAGUGGCGAUGGCUAUGACUUGAGUCCCGGCGAGGUGUUCACUGAUUUUGACCUUGAAUUCGAGUGA